UGUACUUUUUACUUGCAAGCGUUUGGUGUGUCGGGACGGGAAGGCAGCACAGCGCAAGUGCAUCGGAGCCGCCUCCGCCGGAAAGAUGCCCCGCUCCUUCCUCGUCAAGAAACACUUUUCGGCCAGCAAGAAGCCCAAUUACAGCGAAUUGGAAAGCCAGACAGUGAUCGUCUCUCCCUUUUUGUAUGACAAAUAUCCCUUGUCUGCCAUCCCACAACCAGACCUCUUGAGUGCUGGCUCUUACUACCCUCCUCUAGUCUGGGACACUGGGCUGUUCUCUAAUUUCUUCAACUCAGAAUCGGAGUACAAGAAAAGUGCAGCUUCUCCACCCAGCCCCGAUUCCAAGCCCCUGGACCUGACCUCCUUGUCGAGCGAAGAGGAAGAUGGCAAGACCAGCUCUGACCCGCCCAGCCCGGCCUCCUCUGCCACCGAAGCCGAGAAAUUCCACUGCAGCCAGUGCAGCAAAUCCUACUCCACUUUUGCCGGCCUUUCCAAGCACAGACAGUUGCAUUGUGAUUCCCAGACCAGGAAAUCUUUCAGCUGUAAAUAUUGCGAAAAGGAAUAUGUGAGCUUGGGGGCUCUCAAGAUGCACAUCCGAAGCCAUACCUUGCCCUGCGUGUGUAAGAUCUGCGGCAAAGCAUUCUCAAGGCCAUGGCUGCUGCAGGGCCACAUCAGAACGCACACUGGGGAAAAGCCAUUUUCCUGCACACACUGUAGCCGGGCCUUUGCUGACCGCUCCAAUCUCCGUGCUCAUCUGCAGACCCAUUCAGAUGUUAAGAAGUAUCAGUGUAAAACUUGCUCCCGGACUUUCUCUCGCAUGUCCCUUCUCCACAAACACGAAGAAACGGGCUGCAUUGGGACCCGUUGAAUCCCAUGGACUCCUCCUCCACGCCAAGCCAUUUAUUGUUAACUAGUGUCCCUAGGAAAAUAGUUCAGCUGAGCUGCCACAAACAGCUUAUAUUGACAUCUGGUUGUUUCCAGCUGCUUCAAGCCUUAAAGCAUCAUACACAAUUGCUUCUUUCACUCUUUGUCUUCAAGAGAAUUUUUCCAAACCUGAUUUGUCUCUGUAUUCCCUUCCCUGGGCCCUCCUGGUGGCAAAAUGUUUCUUGAUUCAAGCCCAUGCAUGACCAUUGCUUCAUCAGAAAUGAUGGGUUGCCAAACAAACAUGGGAUGAUAUUUUAAAAUGAGCUUCUAAAACCUGGUGCUCCCCAGGGUGGAUAACAGUCCCCAGAAUCUUUAGAAAUAUGGAUAUAUAUUUUUUUGGCCAGGGAAUUCAGUUAUGUUAGAGCCCACAUUCUGCAGGGUACCAAUAUGGGAACAGCUGCUCCAAAAACUGACAUGUAGCUAAAAACAUCUUGAGCUGCUCAACUGGGAUCAGAUACAUCCUUGUAGGCAGAUUAUAAGGAUAACGAUUACCUCUUUCUCCUGCCCCCUGCAUCUGGUACUCCAAAGUUUACUGUCACUAAUCAUGCCAGCUUUCAUAUCUUAACAGCCACUCAGUCCUCUCCCCUCAGAAUUUCUUCCAACUUCUUCAAAGCCAUCUUGAGUUAACAGCAUUCGCUAACGUUUUACAAAUGGGGAAAAAUAUUCCGAGUCUCGUGCCUACCUUGCUUGAAAGAUCAGUUCUUUCGGGGGUUUUUAACCCUUAAAAAGAAGACAACUAGAAUAAUAGAUUCACAGUAACUCAUGACCCUGAAUUGAUAUGUCUCUAAACAAAGGGCAGAAAGCUAAGUGUUAAAAAAAAAAACGGCCUCCCUACCAUCUCAAACUCUCCUUAGUGCAGCUAUGCAGGGAUACAGUAUUUCAUUAGUUCUGGGUCAGCAGAGGGAUAAUUCGCAGUGCUUCAAAGACUCAUGUCUGCAGAAGGCACUGGGUAAGCCAUUCAAAGCAAGGCUCCUGUUUACAAAAGCAGCUAUGCACUCAAGCACCUGUUAAUAUGACUUCUUUUAACAACUGCUUUUUUUCAAAAGAACUGUGACUAAUAGCAGGCACUUGUCAGGCGAUUCAAUAGCUGCCUGGGCAGGGAAGGCUGCCCCAUUGACAGGUGUGUGCCAAAAGAGCUACUUAAGGUUAUUGACAGGUGCCUCCUGAAUGCAUUUCUAUUGUACAUUGUUUCCACAUCAACAACAACAAAAAAAGACGGGAGGUUGGGGGGGGGGAUAAAAGGGU